GGUGGUGGGAGCACGCGACGCUACGGAGACCUGUCAGUACACGCUCGACCGUCAAGCCUGUGAGUUCGCGUGACACUUUUCUUCCGUUAUCGGUGUUCGUAAUAUUUCGUGUUCGUUCACGUGUGCGCGUGUAUAUUUCCUUGUUUCUCACACUUUUCUUCCGUAGUGGCGAUGAAGUGAUCCAGUUUCAACGUGCUUGCCGCAUUCUUCCGUAAAGAAGCAUGGAUCGACGCGGUAUCUUCUCCAUUUCGAUCUUUUGCUCGCUGAUCGCUCUCACUGUCGCCACCGUUACCAGCCACUCUGAGAAGGCGUCGUUGGGAACCGCGGCGGUUAUAAAUCCUGAAAGAAGAAACGCGAGCAACCUGCAGGAUGACGGGGUCGCGGUUGGCUCGCGGGUCGAACGAAUCGAGAACGAAGAGCAGGAGGAGGAUUACGAGGGCGAGGACGAGUACGAGGACGAGUUGAAGGCCGUGGCCGAGUCGCACGAAGCGAUGUCGAGGGACGACACUAGGAAUUCGAACGUCUCCGCGACACCGUCCACGCCAGGCAUUCCCGACAGGAUCUCGUCUCCCUCCAAGAACUUUGACUCGCGCGAAGUGAUCGCUGUCAAUAACAGCUCCGACGAAGAUGUCGCCUCGAACGAGGCCAUUACCGACGAGAUCGUCGACAAAUACGACCAGGAGGUGGUCGAGCUGGUGAAGUACAAGAAGAACUGGAACCAGGGCGAGGCCAAUCGGACGAAGACGAAGCGGGUGCCCACGGUGAAGAAGGAGCUGAGCACGCAGAAGGAGAUCCUGAUAGGGAGCGGCAACGAGACCCAGGUGUCGUCGAAGAGCGUUCCACGAUCGGAGGAGGCCGUGAAUCGGUUGAACGAGGAACUCGAGCCGAUUCGAAGGAGGAACGUGGUCGAGCCGGCCAAGUCGGAGAGAGGCGAGGACGAGAUCGUAGGGGACGGCGAUCGAUACUCGAGGAGGAGCGACGCGAAGAAACUGGACAAGAGGCAAGAAACGGACCUCAAGGAACUGAAAUCCUACUUGCUGGCCGGGUACGCGGCCAAGCAGAAGUUUCGAAAAGUGGGGACGCAAGAAGACGCCCUGUUGGACGAUUUGCUGCAACUUUUGACGAAACUAGCCGAAGAUCCGAGGCGAUGGGAACGGCUGCACAAACUGCUCGUGAACAGGGAAGACGAGCUGAAGCUGUCUAGGGACGAGUUGGAGCCAGACAAGCGCAGCUAUCAGCCCACUUUGAAUCUAUUCUCGACCGAAUCCACGAACGAGUCGAGGAAAUCGCGAAAAAAAUCGAAGAAGAAGAAGAAGAAGCCCAAGCAUCGUCUCUCCACGACUCCGUUGACUUCCGUACCGGCCACGCCUCCAUUGUUGACCACCACUGAGAUACCGUGGCAAACGACCCCUGUUCAAUGGCGUCUGAUAGCGGAGAGACUGUUCGGACCUCCUUGGGAACAAGACGUUCACGGUGAAACCGAACAAGGGACCGGCCACUCUUCCCCGCAAAGUCCAAGAAGUCUGACCUCUAUCAGAGACCUGAUCGGGGAGGACAAGUCGAGCGGGAAGCCAAAGACUUUUCCAUCCGAUAGAAAACCGAUAUUGGCGAGCCAAGUUGGCGAACUUGGCAAUCAAAGGCUGAUGCGGUUUGGCAAGAUUGGAAAUCGUCAGCCUGGUCACGUUCAACAGCGCAGAGAGUUCGCGAGCGUGUACGACAGGCCUACAGAUCCGGAACGGAUGCCGGAUUACACGGACAUGGAAAAUCCUUAUCAUCGAUACGAUCACGAACUGUCACCAGCUUCGAGAGAGCUCGUUCGAGGGCGGGAGCAGAAUUAUCGAGGCGACUUCAACGUUCAAUCGGACGGAUAUCCCACCGAUCGGGAGUACGAGCAACCGGAUUUCCGGUUGAGCAAGAGCUGGCCCGACCUCUCCUACGGUGGAUACGAUCCACCCUGGUCUAGAACCCUGGACGAGGAACGUCGCCCUCCUUUGCCUCUAACCUCGGACAAAUGGUCUUGGAGGCAACCAGUUAACAAGUAUUGGCCCCAUCGCGUAAAUUUCCCGCCCGUGGAGAAGAAUUAUUGGUCCUCCUUUCGAAACCAGGAGCAGGAGGAGGAGGACGGAGGAGCUAAGACAUCGGCUACGAGCAACGAGAAGACGUGGCAACGGAACGUUCACCGUUCCUGGAACAGGGACAGUUGGCCUGCGGAUAAACCUGUCUCCUCCUCGUGGCAGCAAGCCGUGGAAACGAGGCCUGUGAAAGCGUACGAAGGGAAGAAGAGCAAGAAUCGAUCCGAGGCGAGUAAAGUAUCGACCAAGGAGGAGGAGGAGAAGAGCUCGAGGAGGCCGCAGAUCACGAUGAAAACUUGGAACAGUCUGACCUCGGACCCGGCCACGUGGCCGCACAAGCUUCCCGGCGCGAAGCCGUGGCCGAAGGACGAGAACGGCAAGUCGUACAACCCGAACGCCGACUUGGUGAAGAAGUUGGGCCUGGACAAACAGAACGGCGUCCCUUGGUCGACCAACGGAGGGGAGAAAUCGAGCGAGAGGAAGAAGGAGGAGAGAAAGGAGAUCUCGAACGGGAGAUCCGAGGAUUCGGUGAAGUCGUGGCCGAACGAGUGGGCGAAGGCGGAGGGCGUGCAGGGCGACGACUCGAACGCUUGGAGGAGGAAGUACGAGGGGAAGAAGAGCGCGUGGCGGCCGACCACGGACGAGGAGGAGGAGACCUUGCCCAAGAUCCAGUCGGUGGGCGCGUGGGUGAUGGCGGCCGACCAGUCCACUUGGAAGCCUUACCAGAUCAAACCGGUGGAACCGUCGGACGAGGCCGGUCCUCGAAGGUGGUCGGCCAAGCUGUUCAACGGCAGAUCGGCAUCCUCCUGGCCCGAGAGAUCGAACGAUUCGUGGAUGGUUAACGACUUGUGGCCCGAGCCGAUGGACGCUGAUCGCUGGCCCGAAAUCGAGAAAUCGAGCCGUUGGUACGCCAAUAGGAAGGAUCUGGACGGUUGGAAGCCGGGCAACGCGUGGAAGGUGAAGGGAGAGGAAUGGUUGGCCAAAGAUCCUCGAUCCUCCUCCUCCUCCUCCUCCUCCUGGAUAUCGAAAAUCCAGGAGGGAGGGGAGAAGAGCUCGUGGGGCGGUGGUUCGUGGUCGAACGAUUCUUGGAACGAGUCGAAAACUGGCGAGUCCAAGUUCGACUCGUGGAAGGGGAAGGACGAGGAUCCUGGCGACGGGUGGGCGAGAAAGGCGGGCGAGCGGAGCGGGUGGGGGGCGAAGAGCAGCCCCAACGAGCUGUCCCCGUGGCAGCGGAAGAUGAACGAGGAGUGGAGUUACGGGAAGACGAGCUCGACGGGCACGUGGCCCGGCAAGUGGAAGCAGUUCGCCUAUCACAGGGUGACCGCGAUGCCGAUCUCGAAGCCGGGGACCACGGCCGACGCCGCCUCGUCCAAGUCGAAGAACAACGCUUUCGUGGCGGUGUCCGCCGUCUCCUCGCCCAAGUACGGCGGAAACGAGUGGAGGAAGAACGAGGACGACCCGAGGAGCGAAAACGAGAGGCCUGGCGGCGAGGAGCAGGAACGGUCGGGCAAUCAGGUGGGCCUCGAGCGACCCAUCUACGCGUGGAAGAAGGACAAAGGCAACGGAACCACCGACCCGCUCGAGAACCAGUUGGAGGCGCUCAGACGGAUCGACUUCUGGUCGUACAAAGAGAACGAGGCCGAGAAGAGAUUGACGUCAACGAGAGCAACCACGGAGACGACGUCCUCGACCCCGAAGAACAACUCGACCACGGCCACGUCGAUGCAUCGUCGAGGGCCCCUGAUCACCGACAAUGGGGACGACGGCUCGCUCGAGACCAAUCGACGGACGAUCUCGAUGAAAUAGAUCGAGGCCCCAUCCCUAGAUCCUUGAUCUUGCCCAAUGGAUACACGUCUGUUCAAUCGACAAUAGGCUACGCCAAGUCUCCGAGCAAUUUCCAACGACUCUCUGGCCCCCUGCCAACGUCCACCCCUUUUUUGGCCAGUCACUCUUCGAUAUCGCUCACCAAAUAUCUUUUCUUUUUUCUUCUUUCUUCCUUUUUCUCCUUUGUUAAUCAUCUCGUUUUAUUUAUGGACGAUCUUGUUUUUUUUGUAUCACUUUUUACUUUGUUACUUUUUUUAUCUGUUUUUUCUGCCUUUCUCUCUUCUCUUCUCUUCUUUUUUUUUUAAUGAUUUCUUGAAAAGAGCUAGCAUCGUAGUAUCUCGUAGUGUCGUUGAGCCUUGAUGACCCUUGUGCCAUAUUUGUCGAGCGUACGUGGGCGUGUAAAAAGAAUCAAUGGCUCGAGGAAACGUUACCUCUCUGAAGGGAGAAGAACGGAAAAUCUUGCUUCAAUUUUCAAGUUUUUAAUUCUUUUUUUACACCGAGCUUUUUAUAUUUACAAAAGCAUCUUUCCUUCCGGCUCCUAUCAAACAGUUAAUUUCGGUAACGAGGAUCCUCGUGAAUUUUUCAACCCCUUUAACUCGCUUUAAUUCCUCUGCAUUUUUUUCUGUUCUACUUUUUCUUCUUUUUUGAUACUCAGAAUUUUCAAAAGCUCAGUAUUCUAACUGAAAUCCCCUUCUUCUUCCUCUUCUUCUUGAACUUUAUUUCGACCUCUUGAAAUCCGGUGAGAGAAAUGAAUCCUAAAAUUCACGAUCGGAGGGGGAAAAGAUUUUCCGUCGAGAAUUCUCUUUCCUUUCUUCCUUUGAAAUAAAUCGCGCUAGUAAACUUGAUAUAGAAACGAAUUCGAUAAAUAAUUCGAUAAAAUUGAACAAUUUUUUUCAAUAUAAUACUUCCUUUAUUUA